AUGAAGGCUGCCCGACUCAGCGUGUGUUGCUUCCGCCAGAGCCUGCCCAUCUCGGAGACUCUCCCGGAAAUCCUAGACCACUUUCAGUCAGAGCGAGACUUGGUGCUCCAGGCGCCAACCGGUGCUGGCAAGACCACGAUCGUGCCACUUGCCCUGCUCGAAAGCGGCCAUGUGGACGGAAAGGUGAUCCUCCUCCAGCCCCGGCGUUUGACCGCCUUGAGCGUAGCCAAGCGAAUGGCAGACCUUUGGGGGGAACCCCUUGGCGAAACUAUAGGAUAUCGAAUCCGGCACGAAUCGGUCGUUUCCAACCGAACGCGGGUGGAGGUGGUGACCGAGGGGGUGCUUGUUCGCAUGCUCAACAACAACCCCACUUUGGAAGGUAUCAGCUGUAUUUUCUUCGACGAGUUUCACGAGCGGUCAGUGGAAUCCGACCUUAGUUUCGCGCCGCUUGGAUUGUCACAUGUGCGGGUGUCAAGCUGA